AUGGUUAAUUUCCAGACCAAGUGGAGUUCCAGCAUCGAGUACGAGGCGAAUCAGCUGGACGAGGUGACGCUCCUGGCCUCGGGCGGAGGCAUCACCCCCGGCAUGCAGCUCAUCCGCGCCGUCAUGCACAACCCCGACGACAGGACCAAGAUCAAGCUCCUCUACUUCUCCGAGAAUUACGACGAGAUCCUGUACCGCGAUGAGCUUGAUCGAUAUGCAGCCAAGGACUCUCGACUCCAUAUAGUGCACACGCUGGGAGAGUCGCCCGAGGACUGGGAGGGCGAGGAAGGCUUCAUUGACACACAGAUGAUCAACAAGCACGUGACUAAACCCAAUGACCUGAGACAGAAGAUCAUAAUGUGUGGAGGCCCCACCAUGGUUCUGCCAUGCCUGUACUCGUCCCUCGGCUCCAUCUUCAUUUACGGGCAGUUCGGCUCCGAGCACGUGAGGAAGGUCUACGGCAGGAACGUCUAG